UCUGUGAGUUGCUUUUCUCCCCUGCUACAGCUUUCCCGGCUCCUCCUACCUACCCCUGCUACCUGCCGCUCUCUCACGUUGGCUUCUGAGCUUAGGAUUCAUCCCUCAGCAGGGCCUACCCACCGUCGCUGCCGCCUUCGCCAUUGGCUGCGCAGGCUGCUCAUCUUCCCCGCCCAUGGCCCGGAGGCAGGUUCACGGAAGGCAGGAGCCGUCUCAGGGGCCGGCGAAGGAGAGACCUACUCUCCUGGAGCCCUUCAGGGUCCCCGCAGUCCUUAAGACAAGCUUCUGAGCCGACGGCGUUUCCGUGGCGGGACAGGGAGGAUUUAGCAGGCGGUAGGCGGUGCCCCGGUGUGGCGCGGCUCCUUUCCCUUCCCCGUAAAGGAUGCUGCCGUUGCUGAUGCCGGCGGUGGAGGCGGGCGCCUGACUUUCUUCCCCUACCCGCCCAGGCAGCAGCGGUGGUGGUUGUCCCUUCUCAGCACUGAGCGGGGCGGCAAUGGGUGAGAAAGUUUCGGCGGCUGCUGCUGCUGCUGCUGCUUCUGAGAAAAAGGAGGAAGAAGAGCAGCAGCAGGGCGAUUACGGCGGCCGGAGGGUCUCGUCCUCUUCUCCCAGCUCCUCCUCGUCGUCGUCCUCUUCCUCGUCAGGCUCCCAAACUCUCUCCGAGGAGGAGGACGCUGUAGCCGCAGCCAGCCAGCCCGGCAGCGUUGGCGGCAGUUGCUUCACCCGCUUCAUCCGGGCUGCCCCUCUCAGCCGUAGGACCCCCGAGUGGCAGGUGGUGGAGGUGGCUGGCCCGGCGGCGACAACUCCUGCGAUUUUUCCCCUCGCAGGGGACCAGGAGAAAGGGCACCAUGUGGACGGCAAGGAGGGGCAGCAGCAGCGCCGGCGGGAGAGUGAAGAGGAGGACUCGGCUAGUGGUGGCGGCGACGGCCACCUUCGUCCUGAGAGUGACGCCUCGCUGGAGGAGCAGGACGAGGAGCAUGAUAGUAUAUUGUCUCCUCCAUUUAUGCCAUUUCGGAAAUCCAGCAAUCCUGAAGUUUCUUCUGGCCCUGGCAAGUCACUGAAAUUUAAAAGGCAGCUCAGUGAAGAUGGAAGACCAUUUAGAAGAGGAAGUCUUGGAGGAGCACUGACUGGUAGGUACUUGCUGCCAAAUGCUGUUGCACAACAGUCAUGGCAACCUGGAGAAACUUCGAAUCUUGUCCGAAUGCGCAGUCAAGCUCUUGGGCAGUCAGCACCUUCUCUAACAGCUAGUUUGGUAGGGACACCUCAGAAGAGCCAUUUCAGCUCAACAAGACAUCGCCAGAGGCUAGUGGAACCACCAGCUACAAAAAAGGAGCUGAGCCUUCCAAGAAGGGGAAGCUUUUGCCGGACGAGUAAUCGAAAAAGUUUGAUAUGCAAUGGACAGUCCCCAGCUAUGCCUCGGCCCCAUUCACCACUUUCUGCUCAUGCAGGCAACAGUCCUCAAGACAGCCCUAGAAAUUUUUCUCCUAGUGCCUCAGCCCACUUUUCAUUUGCACGAAGAACUGAUGGACGACGUUGGUCAUUGGCAUCUCUCCCUUCCUCUGGCUAUGGUACAAAUACUCCCAGCUCAACUGUUUCAUCAUCCUGUUCCUCCCAAGAGAAGUUACACCAGUUACCAUACCAACCAACUCCAGAUGAACUACAUUUUUUGUCUAAACAUUUCUGUGCCACUGAAAGCAUUGCCAGUGAUAAUAGAUGUAGGACCACUCAAAUGCGACCACGAUCCAGAAGCUUGAGUCCUGGACGUUCUCCUGCCUGCUGUGACCAUGAAAUAAUUAUGAUGAACCAUGUGUACAAAGAAAGAUUCCCAAAGGCUACUGCUCAGAUGGAAGAAAGGCUUCAGGAGAUUAUCACCAACAAUUCUCCUGACAACGUCCUUCCCUUGGCAGAUGGUGUUCUCAGUUUCACCCACCAUCAGAUCAUUGAGCUGGCUCGUGAUUGCUUGGAUAAAUCUCAUCAGGGUCUCAUCACCUCACGAUACUUUUUUGAAUUACAGCACAAACUGGAUAAGCUCUUACAAGAGGCUCAAGAACGAUCAGAAAGUGGAGAACUGGCAUUUAUUAAGCAGCUUGUCCGAAAGAUUCUUAUUGUCAUAGCACGUCCUGCUCGCUUACUAGAAUGUUUGGAGUUUGAUCCUGAGGAAUUUUACUACCUUCUGGAAGCUGCAGAAGGACAUGCAAAGGAGGGGCAAGGGAUUAAAACUGACAUUCCUAGAUAUAUUAUCAGCCAGCUGGGGUUGAAUAAGGAUCCUUUGGAAGAAAUAGCUCAGCUAGCUAACUAUGACAGUGGAACUGCAGCAACUCCAGAAACUGACGAAUCAGUUAGUAGUUCCAAUGCAUCCCUUAAACUUAAAAGGAAGCCUCGUGAAAGCGAUUUUGAAACAAUUAAGCUGAUUAGUAAUGGAGCAUAUGGUGCUGUUUAUUUUGUGCGGCAUAAAGAAACCAGACAGAGGUUUGCCAUGAAGAAGAUUAACAAACAGAAUCUCAUUCUUCGAAACCAGAUUCAACAGGCUUUUGUUGAGCGUGAUAUCCUGACAUUUGCAGAAAAUCCAUUUGUAGUCAGCAUGUACUGUUCAUUUGAAACUAGACGCCAUUUAUGCAUGGUCAUGGAAUAUGUAGAAGGUGGGGAUUGUGCUACUUUAAUGAAAAAUAUGGGACCUCUGCCUGUAGACAUGGCCAGGAUGUAUUUUGCAGAGACGGUUCUGGCAUUGGAGUAUCUUCACAAUUAUGGAAUAGUGCACAGGGAUUUGAAACCAGACAAUUUAUUGGUAACUUCCAUGGGACAUAUAAAGUUAACAGAUUUUGGGCUAUCUAAGGUUGGUCUCAUGAGUAUGACCACCAAUCUUUAUGAGGGUCACAUUGAGAAGGAUGCGAGAGAAUUUCUGGAUAAACAGGUCUGUGGCACACCAGAAUAUAUUGCUCCAGAAGUCAUUCUAAGGCAGGGCUACGGCAAGCCAGUGGAUUGGUGGUCUAUGGGAAUUAUCCUUUAUGAGUUUCUUGUUGGGUGUGUUCCAUUUUUUGGAGAUACACCAGAGGAGCUGUUUGGACAAGUAAUCAGUGAUGAGAUCAACUGGCCAGAAAAGGAUGAAGCACCACCCCCGGAUGCCCAGGAUCUGAUUACUUUACUUCUGAGACAAAACCCCUUGGAGAGGUUGGGGACAGGAGGUGCUUAUGAGGUGAAACAGCACCAGUUCUUCCAAAAUUUAGAUUGGAAUAGUUUGCUGAGGCAGAAGGCAGAAUUCAUUCCUCAGCUGGAAUCUGAAGAUGACACAAGCUACUUUGACACUCGUUCUGAGAAGUACCACCAUAUGGAAACUGAAGAAGAGGAUGAUACAAAUGACGAAGACUUUAAUUUGGAGAUAAGGCAGUUUUCCUCAUGUUCACAUCGAUUUUCAAAAGUUUUUAGCAGUAUAGAUCGAGGAAUUCGAAAUCAAACUGCAGAGAAGGAAGAUACAACUGAGGGAACAAAGAACAUGACACUAACAUCUGCAGAAUCUUUAAGUUGGAGCUCAGAAUAUUCUGAAAUGCAACAACUAUCUACAUCUGUCUCUUCUGGUACUGAAAGUUCAAGGCAACAUCAUAGUUCAGGGUUGCUUCCAAAAUUGGCUAUAUCAACAGAAGGAGAUCAAGAAGAAUCCCCACGUUCUGCUGGAUCCCGUAAAGAUCAAGAAAAGGCUGCAUUUGUUAAUGAAGAAACUAUUUUAGAUGAAGUGGAGGUAACAACUCCAGCAAGCACGAUCAGUAGCUCCACACUGUCAGUUGGCAGUUUUUCAGAGCACUUGGAUCAGAUAAAUGGAAGAAGUGAGAGUGUGGACAGCACUGAUAAUUCCUCCAAGUUACCCACUGAACAAGCAUCUCCUACGGCUCGUCGGCAAUUAGAAACAACAGAGAAAAAGAAAAUCUCUGGAAAAGUCACGAAGUCCCUCUCCGCCAGUGCUUUGUCCCUUAUGAUCCCAGGAGAUAUAUUUGGUGUGUCUCCUUUGGGAAGUCCAAUGUCCCCCCAUUCCGUGUCUUCAGAUCCCUCAUCCUCCAGAGAUUCUUCUCCCAGCCGUGACUCUUCAACUGCUUCUGCAAGUCCUCAUCAGCCCAUCAUAAUCCACACUUCAGGCAAGAAGUAUGGAUUCACUAUCCGAGCAAUCAGAGUGUAUGUGGGGGAUAGUGACAUCUACACAGUGCAUCAUAUUGUUUGGAACGUUGAAGAAGGAAGUCCAGCUUAUCAUGCUGGAUUGAAGGCUGGUGACCUUAUCACGCACAUCAAUGGAGAGCCAGUGCAUGGCCUUGUUCACACUGAAGUCAUAGAACUGUUAUUAAAGAGUGGCAAUAAAGUGUCAAUUACUACAACCCCCUUUGAGAAUACUUCAAUAAAAACAGGACCUGCUAGAAGAAAUAGCUAUAGGGGCCGAAUGGUUAGACGAAGUAAGAAAACAAAAAAGAAGGAGAGUUUGGAAAGGAGAAGAUCUCUCUUCAAAAAGCUGGCUAAGCAGCCUUCACCCCUUCUUCAUACUAGCCGGAGUUUCUCCUGCCUGAACCGAUCGCUGUCAUCAGGGGAGAGUUUACCUGGUUCUCCAACUCACAGUUUGUCUCCCCGCUCACCAACACCAAGCCUCCGCUCCACCCCGGAUUUUCCCUCAGGUACAAAUUCUUCUCAGAGUAGCUCUCCGAGUUCAAGUGCGCCCAAUUCCCCAGCUGGCUCUGGACAUAUUAGGCCCUGCACACUUCAUGGUUUGGGUCCCAAACUUGGUGGGCAAAGGUACAGGUCAGGAAGACGCAAAUCAGCUGGUAGCAUUCCUCUCUCUCCUUUGGCACGGACUCCUUCUCCAACACCUCAGCCAACAUCUCCUCAGCGGUCUCCAUCACCUUUAUUGGGGCAUUCAAUUGGAAGCACAAAAAUAGCUCAGGCUUUCCCAACUAAAAUGCACUCUCCUCCCACUAUUGUCAGGCACAUUGUUAGGCCUAAAAGUGCAGAGCCUCCAAGGUCUCCUUUGCUCAAAAGGGUUCAGUCGGAAGAGAAACUUGCCCCUUCUUACGGCACUGACAAGAAACACUUAUGCUCACGCAAGCAUAGCCUAGAGGUAACUCAGGAAGAAGUUAAUAGAGAGGUAUCUCAACGGGAUAUUACCCUUCAGAGUCUGGAGGAGAAUGUUUUGGAUGCCCCAUCACUCACACGAGUGAGACCUGCUGAACAAGGCUGCUUGAAACGCCCCAUUUCCAGGAAGCUGGGCAGGCAAGAAUCUACUGAUGAGCUGGAUAGAGAAAAAUUAAAGGUUAAGAUAGUUGUGAAAAAGCAAGAUCUGGCAGAAAAACAAUAUUUGCAGAAAGCAAGCAGUGUACAUGAACUUUGUGGUGAAUUAGAUAAUCCUGUUACCUCAUGCUUGGAAGAGAGAGAUGACAAGAAAGCAUUUCAGAAAGCUUUGGAAAGAUCAAACCACCUUGAAGCUAAAAUUGCAGCUCUGGAGACCCAAUCAGUAGGUGGCAUGCUAAAAGACACCCUUCAAAAGAAUGCAAGCAUGAAAUCAAAUGACUGCACUGCUUCGGAUGCAUACACAUCAUGCCAUGGGUCUCCACUUAAUGAACUCAGUCAUUUGUCUUAUGACUUCAAAAGAAUUCCCCCUCCGUGUACAUUGCAAAAUGUUCUGCCUCACUCAUCUGACAAAAAGCCAAAUGGAAAAGGGGAAAAUAUAGACAAAACUGCGCCAACAAAAGAAUUUAUCAAAUUUGAAAGAUUAGAUAGCAAGCUUGCAAAUACUGAUUAUUUCCGCAAGAAAAUGUCCUUUGAAGAAAAAGAUGACAACCCCUGUCCAGUGCUAAAGUCCAAACUGACAUCAAAUGUACAUGAAUGCCAUCAGUUAAGUACUGUCAGACCUAUAAGCAUGCUGCAAGAUUCCAAUUCAGUGGCUGAUAGCCGAUUAUUUAUCAGCAGUGUUCAUGCUACUCAGAUUAACUCUGUUCCUUUUGUUCCUCUCAAGGCCUUGAAUGGCCGAACAGAAACUGGUAUGGAGAAAUCAGCCCUGAUUUCCGCAGAGUCACCUGUCCGAAAGAGUCCUUCAGAGUACAAGUUAGAAGGGAGGUCUGUGUCUUGCUUGAAGCCAAUUGAAGGCACAUUAGAUAUUGCUUUAAUUUCAGGGCCACAGGCCUCAAAGACAGAAAUGUUUCCAUGUGGAGUCUCAGGGGGCCAAAAUGCCAAAAAUGAUGACCAAUCUCUCAUGUGCCAAGGAGGCAUCAGUGUAAAGUUUGAGCUAUCUUGUCAGAAAGAGCAGCCACCAACCUUUCAGCAAUCCAGUCCUUCCAAAACUGAUUUCCUGGAGUUACAAUAUUCAAAGCCAAAUAAAAGUACUCAAAGCUCACCAGCAAUGCCUGUGACCGUUGAACAGCAAUCAGAGAAAAUACUCUCCAAUAUCAGUGCUAAAUAUGACCCCUCUGUAAGGGUGAUUAACCAAAAGAAUGAGGUCAUCCAACUUUCUGCAAAUGAGGCUAAAUCUAGCAGUUUCCAAAAGCAGAGUUCUGCCUUGACAACUUGCAAAUCUACCCAAGCACAGGGAAACCCUGAGAAAGCGAAACGAAAAGAGAAGAAAACUCACAAAGAAAUGCCUGACAACAAUGCAAGAGCUCAGCAGAGUGAUAGCAUCCUUCCAGAGAAACCUAAGGUAGUGGAGGAUUCUCUACCAAAGAGAUGUCUUACAGAAGUGCCCCCAAAUCAGGACACUAAACACAUUCAGAGAUGUUCCUUUGAUUCAGCUGCUCAGCUACAAAUGCGUGGAACAGCAAAAGUACAAAUAACAAGCUCAAAGAUGAAGUCCAAAGACAUGCUCAAGCAAUCGGUAAAAGAGGAUGAUAACAUCACUAGAGAAUCUUCAGGAAAUGAGUUGGACAUGCAGAAAGCAAGUGGAUAUUCUAAGCCUGAAGCAUCACUUCUCCAGAAGUCUCUACAAACAUCAUCAGAUGCUAAUUCUGCUAAAAUGGAAAAAAAUCUGGCUGGUGUAACUAUGCAGAUGGAUAGCUCUCAAGACCUGGGAGCAAAAGAACAAAAGCAGCCCAAAACCUCAGAGCUUCCAACUGGUAAUAAAGAGUCCAACUUUGCUUCUAAGCAACAAGGUAGCAAUUCCGAUAUUCCUAAUAUGAAAGAAUCAUUAAACAGGCCUUGUAUAUCAAAUGCUCCUGUUUGUUACAGCAACCAAGAUAGUCUCAGACCAGCAGCAUAUAUGGAAAAUAGCACUGUGAAAUCUAGACAGGUUCUUGAUACUUGUUCAUCAAAAUUAAAACAGUCUGAAAAAGUGACACAAAAACAAAUAGCUACAAAUGUAAAAGAAAAAGAAUCUGGUUCUCAUACUUUGGAUGGUUCUUGGAAGGAGGGGAAAAACAUAAAUAAGACCACAGUAGAUUCUUUUUCGCACCCUUCAAGCUCUCAAAGAAAGCUAAAUAAUGAGUAUAUCCAGGUAGAAAGGCAUCUGCUCAUAGAAUGUGGGUCAGAGCCCUCAGUCCAAAUCAGUAGCAUCUUACCUGAAAAACAGCUUAAGCCCUCCAAUAAAAAACAGGCAGCAGCAGUAGCCCCAGAUAGCACUAAGCAUUUUCAAAGGCAAGAAAUGGCAAGCUUACAUGAUCCUGUUGAUCAAAAGCUGUUCCACAUUCGUAACAAGCAAAGCAUGCCUCCAAAGACAUCAGCUGGAAAAGAGUAUCCCCUGUUGAGUAAACAGGUGGACAAGGGGUCCAGCAAUCAGACCAGCUCCACAGAAAUACAACCUGAAGGGAAAAAAUGCACCGAUGCACUUUAUUUUCAAACUGACCAUGGGAAAUUGGAUCCUAGCCUUUCCCUUCUUAACUGUGAUGCCAAGGGAAAAGCUGUGGAAAAGGCAGUCACAGGUGGCAGGAACUUUCAUGACACUAAAGGAAAAGGGCACAUGAGUCAGAAACAACUAUCGGAGGGGAACAAGCAGCAGGCUGCAAAAUAUUCCUCCUCAGCUGCUUUGCAAGGUUUCUGUCGCACAGCUACAAAGCUUGUUGACUCCCCAUCCAGCUUCCCUGAGUCUAGGCAGGAAAGCCCUGUUUUGCCUCUAGCAAAGGCUAAGCUGGGAUCACCAGAACCACUUGCAGUGGGCUGCAAAGAGGUAAAAAAGCAAACCAGCUCUUCUGCAGUAGAUGGCAGGACAGAAAUGACUAAAAGUGUUUCGCUGUUCGGCUUGCACUGUACUCCAUCCCUUGUGGAAGAGCACAUUCUUGCCUCAGACUUAGGGGGGAAGCACAGAAGCCAAGAGAGGUCUCACUCUGCCAUGGAUGUAAAGGGAAAAGAGCCCAGUCUGCCUCCAUCUUCUGCCGCAAGAAAACUGACUGUAAGUAAAGAUUUGCCAAAGUCAGGGACUCCAGCUGACUCUCUCAAUGCACUUUUAUCUGACAAAGACUCUGCCCGGCAGAGACGAGGAAAAGACACCUCCCGAAGUAGUCCUCACAAAAAGCCCUCCCAAUAGCAAGACUUGCAAAAUAAGACUAUUUAAUUGAAAGUCUAGUGUCUUGUCUUACCUUCAGCACUGUGUAGUAUUUUCAUGCUGAAAAAAUGUUCAAUGCCACUUAAGCAGGGUGUGUAAAGAAAAGACUUCUUUUUUCCCCUCGAAAUGCCUUCCCAAAUGUAACCGGUUAAACUGUUACCAUGUUGUAUUUGUACAAAAAUACUUUUACAAUUUGAGAGACAGGUUGUGGGGGUGGGGUGUGUGUGACAAACUAUUUGUAAAUACUCACUAGCGUGUAUCUUUUUGAAUGUAGUGUAUCUACUUUGCUGCUGAUUGCGUUGUUUACUAUAUCUUUUUAAUGAUAGUUGCUUUGCCACUGGUUUGCCAUAAUUUAAGAAGAAGCAGAAUUACUAAAACUUGGGCCUAGGCAGAACUCACAAAUAAUAUUGGCCUGAAGGGAGGCCGGUGGUGCUCCAUUCUUUACUUUUUCAAAAUUCAAUACAGAACUAUAACUAUAAGAAAUUAUAGAUCUAGUGGCUUUCAUUGAGUUUAGAUGUGUAUUUUAAGAGGUAGAGAGGUUGGUAGUAUUGUUGUGAGCUAACUUUGGUAGUUUAAAUAGAUGACCAAACUGCAGCUGUGUCUGCCUCUUGUUUGCCGAUGCCUGUGACUGGGAAAGGGAAGGGUCUCUGUCAUUUUUCUUACACCAUCCCAGUCACAGUAUAGUUGUCUGGUGAAUAUGAAAUCAUUCUUAUCCUAGACUUAGACUUAAACAUCUUUGUGAGCUUAGUUUCUGCUGCCUUGAUUCAGGUCACAUUUAUGUUCAGGCCUUUCUGGUAUGAAGACCGUAAAGAUGCACAUGGCAUAAAGUGUUAAACAAUUUUUAUUUACACUGAUGAGUCAUCUUUAUUAUCAUGAUAGAUUUGAGCAUUUAGCAAUUCAGCUCUUUUCUGUUUUAUGACAAAAGUGGUGAAGCAGCGGGAGGCAUUUUUCAGCAUUGUAUCUAGAUGAUAUAUCCAACACCUGAUAACAUUUUAAUACCUAGUUGGGGCCUUAUGUUGUAGAUUAAUCUUGCUGUUUUUAGCAAGUCAUCCUAGGUUUUAACAUUCUCCUUGACGUAUAUUAAGUAGCUCUAUACAUUUCAUAUUGUGAUCUUUAUUUGUAUGCAAAAUAAGUAAAUGUAUUUUUUUUAAUGAAAAGAAGCAUAUUUGUAAAAAACAGGCUGUUGGAGCUAUUUGGUGCUAGAAUGUUGGUGUCCUUUUCACUUUUGCUAAGCCUUAUUUGAAUUUUGUGUAUUGUGGAAUAUGUCACAUUUGUCUGAUUAAAUUUGGAGGAACAGUAUUUGGUUUCAUUGGAAAAUUGUUCAGAAAUACUCCAGAAAGGUUAUCAAAGAUAAGUACGCUAAAAUGACUGGGAUCCUGAAAAUAACUCUGUUUUUUCUUCCACAUUUCCUUGCAAAAGCUCAUUUAAUGCUGACCCUCCUCCAGAGCAUCCCCCCCAUUUCCCUAACUAUGUUCACCCAAGCAUAACACAAUUAUGAGUUAGCUGCUUAUAGGAUAUUUACAGGGGUGUUACAUGCAUUUCCCUGAAAAAAAGAAGUAAACCAGUUGGGAUUUUGUUUAUUUUUGAAGUCUUUGCUAAGAAAAUAAAAUUGCCAGCAAGUCCUUGUAAUUUUCCAUACAGUGCUGGUAUAUUCCUUUCCUUUCCAUGUGCUCAUGAAUUAUUAAAACAACUGAAUUUUUUUUUGAAGAGUGGUCCUAGCAUUUACAGCCUAUAUCUGUGCUUUGGAGGUUGAAAUAAUUAAACACUAAUGCACUCCAAAAUCAUGACAUUUCUUUCUGGGAGACAUUUCAUACUUUACAGUUGCUUGCAGUUUAAAAAACCUCCCACUUGGUUCCCCUUAAAGCACACCUAGCUAUCUUGUUUACAAAUAUAUCUUUUUAUGUAUAUUUUGUAUAGUGCUUUAUCACUUCUGCCAAAUAUUUUUCCCCAUUUUAGAAGUGUAGUAGCGCCUAAGCUUGCAUUCAUGUACUCCCUGUUUGUUGAUGUUUACCUUACAAUGAACUGUUAGAGAUCCUCUUAAUGUGUACUCUUUAGUCAGUCUAUGUGUUGGCUGUAUAUUAAAUUGUCCCUUUGUAGUACUUCCUACUGUAGAUUAUCAAAUUAUUAAAAAAAAAAGUUAGGAUCUGUGCAAUAAAGUGUUUGCAGUCUUAUUUUCUUUAAGAAACCCACAUGGGUGUUCUAACCUUUGGAUAUUGAAUAAAAAUAUUUAUACUUAUGCAGUUGAAGAACAUUGAAAUAAAACUGAGCAUGA